AUGGCUCACAGGCCGAAAAGAACGUUCCGGCCGCGCCGAGCAGAUUCCAGUGACAGCGACGGCGCCCAGGAGACAUUUGCUGAACCCGGGGCGACGGGGGAGCAGGCGGCCCGGGACCCUGCGGUGGAAGGGCCGCCGUGUGGAAGAGGCCACGCAGAGGUGGCUGAACUGCUCCGCCGGGGCCGGGGCCGCCGCCGCGGCCGGGCCUGGGCUAGCUCCCGGCACGCCGCGAGAGCGGCUCCGCGCUUGGACGGGUCCUCGGACGUCCCAGAAUCCAGAAUGGUUGAUCUUUCAGCCGAAGAAGAGGAUGGAGCACACCAUUCUUCAGAAAGUAAAGAUGAUCAGAGUUCAUCUCCCAACAGCUCUAGGACUCUGGAGGACGAGUUUUCAUCAGUAGUAAAUAUCCCUGAUGCAGCUUUUAUUCAAGCAACCUACAGAAAAUGCAAAUUGGCCAGGGCCCAAGAGGACUAUAUUUCUUUGGAUGUAAAACAUACCUUCACCAACUCUGGUGUGAAGAAAAACAGUGAAGAUUCUGAAAGUGAGCCUGACGAUUUUAAAGAUAUAAUGCCAUUUACCCCAAAGCCUCAAACACUUAGACAAAGAAUGGCUGAAGAAGCAACAACUAGAAAUGAAGAAACAAGUGACGAUAGUCAAGAUGAAAAAAAUCAAGAUAUUUGGGAGCAGCAGCAGAUGAGGAAAGCUGUUAAAAUCACAAAGGGACAAGACAUAGAUCUUUCUUACAGCCAUGAAUCUCAAACAGUGAAGAAGUUUGAUGCUUCCAUUUCAUUUCCACCAGUAAGUUUAGAAAUUAUAAAGAAGAAACUAAAUACUAGACUAACAUUACUACAGGAUACUCACCGCUCACAUCUAAGAGAAUAUGAAAAAUAUAUACAAGAUAUCAAGAGCUCAAAGAGUACCAUCCAGAACCUAGAGAAUUCAUCAAAUCAAGCUCUAAGUUUUAAAUUCUAUAAAAGCAUGAAAAUUUAUGUGGAAAAUUUAAUUGACUGUCUUAAUGAAAAGAUUAUCAACAUCCAAGAAAUAGAAUCAGCCAUGCAUGCACUCCUUUUAAAACAAGCCAUGAUGUUUAUGAAACGCAGGCAAGAUGAAUUAAAACAUGAAUCAGCGUAUUUACAACAGUUAUCAUGCAAACCUGAGACAUCAAUAAAUAAAAGCUUGGCUAUAGAUGAAAAAACUCAAUCGAUUUUAGAAGAGGUUGAAUCUCGAAGGGCACGAAGAAGACAAGCAAGGGUUCUUUCUGGGAACUGUACUCAUGAAGAAGGAACAUCUAGUGAUGAUGAAUUGUCUUCAGCAGACAUGAUUGACUUCCAAAAAAGCCAAGGUGACAUUUUACAGGAUCAUAAGAAGAUUUUUGAAGAUGUACACAGUGAUUUUUGUAAUAUCCAGAAUAUUUUAUUGAAAUUUCAACAAUGGCGAGAAAAGUUUCCUGAUUCUUAUUAUGAAGCUUUCAUUAGUUUAUGCAUUCCAAAGCUUUUAAAUCCCUUAAUACGAUUUCAGUUGAUUGACUGGAACCCUCUUAAGUUUGAUUCCAUAGGUUUAAAACAGAUGCCAUGGUUCACAUCUGUAGAAGAAUUUAUAGAUUGCAGUAUGGAAGAGUCAAAGAAGGAAGAUAGUUCUGAUAAGAAAAUCUUGUCUACUGUCAUCAACAAAACAGUUAUUCCUCGACUUAUAGGCUUUGUAGAAUUCAUUUGGGAUCCCUUGUCAACCACACAGACAACAAGUUUAAUAACACAGUGCAGAAUGAUUCUUGAAGAACAGUCCGCUUGUGAAAAUGAAGUUAAUAAAGGCAAACAGGAUUUACUUAAAUCCAUUGUUUCAAGAAUGAAGAAGGCAAUAGAAGAUGAUGUUUUUAUUCCUCUGUAUCCAAAGAGUGCUGUAGAAAACAGAACAUCACCACAUGCAAAGUUUCAAGAAAGACAGUUCUGGUCAGGUCUAAAGCUCUUCGGCAAUAUUCUUCUUUGGAAUGAACUCCUCCCAGAAGACACCUUGCAAGAGUUAGGACUAGGGAAGCUGCUGAAUCGUUACCUUAUUAUAGCUCUUGUCAAUGCCAUACCUGGCCCAGAUGUUGUUAAAAAGUGCAGCCAGAUAGCAGCAUAUUUACCAGAAAAGUGGUUCCAAAGCUCUGCCAUGAGAACAUCCAUUCCCCAGCUAGAAAAUUUCAUCCAGUUUUUACUGCAGUCUGCACGUAAAUUAUCUAGAAAUGAAAUCAGGGAUGAAGUCAAAGAAAUAAUUCUUAUUCUGGUGAAAAUAAAAGCUUUGAAUCAAGCAGAAUCCUUCAUAGAAGAAUAUCACCUAGACCAUCUUAGAUCAGUAAUUAAAGAAUUUGAAUAAACUUUAUAGGAAAGUACUAAAAUGAGAUUUUAAUAUAGUCACACUUGGCUGUUUUGCUUGUAGAAAAAGAAAAAAAGGUGUUGCCUUUUCUUUAUUCCC